UGAAGCUAUUUCAACCAUCCUUGCCUCAUUUACGGGUAAAAAAAAUCGUAUGCCAUCAACAAUGAAGUCAUCUCUUCUAGGCAACAUUUUGGCCGUGUUAUUUCUUGUGGUGUUUGUCUCUAAUGUUCAUGCCAAGAGGCCAAACUUCCGGCCUGGUCCGUGGAGAAUCGGUAGGGCUACCUUUUACGGUGGCCCAGAUGGUUCAGGAACUUAUGAGGGAGCAUGUGGAUAUGGGGAUAUAUCAACCAAAGAAGGCAAAGGGGGGUUUGGGGUGCAAACUGCAGCUAUAAGCACAGCAUUGUUCAACAAUGGAGCAGCUUGUGGCUCUUGUUAUGAGCUCAGUUGUGAAGAGCCUGCAAAGGGCUGCAAAGCUGGUGCGUCCACCAUCACCAUUACCGGCAACAACUGGUGCCCUGAUGGAGGGUGGUGCAGCCCUCCCCAGGAGCAUUUUGAUCUCACUCAACCAGCCUUUCUUCAAAUUGCUGAGUACAAGGCUGGCGUUGUCCCAAUUAAAUAUCGCAGGGUUCCAUGCAUAAGAACAGGAGGAAUCCGUUUCAGCAUAUCUCCGCAUUCGAACCCCUACUACCUGCUCGUGUUGAUAUGGAAUGUCGCAGGUGCAGGAGAUGUAGAAAGCGUAAUGAUAAAGGGAGAUAAGGGUAAGCCAUUUAAACCAAUGAAGCGCAACUGGGGCCAAAACUGGGAGAGCGAUGACAAUUAUGUAGGGCAAUCAAUUACCUUCAGAGUCAGAACCAGCGAUGGCAAGAAGUCUACUUCAUGGCAUGUUGUCCCAAACACUUGGCAGUUUGGUCAGACAUACGAAGGCAAGAACUUCAGAUAAAUUUUGCCGAAGCUUACGCUCUUCACCAGCUAACACCAAAUUCCUUCUGAAGUUUGACGCUGAUAUAUAAUCAUCACUAGUUUAU